AUAUCAAUUUGGUUUGUUCACACUGAUUCGCACUAGAGGGAAGAUAGCCUUUUCCAUGAUGGUCGAAGUUGCAAUGAGGAUUUUAUAAGUUUCAUCAUUAUAUUAUUUAAAGUUAUUUAUCAGAAUGACCAUGAUUUCAAAAGCUGCAGUGGGUAUUGCCGUAGGCAUCGCUGGUAUUUUUGUUGGCUAUUGUUUUUACUUCGACCAAAAACGCCGUAGUGAUCCAGACUUUAAAAAGAAACUACGUGAACGAAGACGUGCUAGAAAACAAGCACAGAAAGCAAGUUCUAAAAUACCAGAUCUUAAAGACCAUGAGACAGUACAGAAAUUCUUUUUGCAAGAGGUACAACUUGGAGAAGAAAUGCUUAUGCAUGGUGAUGUAGAAAGUGGAAUUGAACAUUUAGCCAAUGCAGUUGCAGUUUGUGGCCAGCCUAGUCACUUGUUGCAAGUUCUUGAAAAAACACUGCCACCUCAAAUCUUUAAUCUUUUGUUGCAAAGAAUACCUUCUGUUGGCCAAAAGCUAGUUUCUCAAACUGCAAUGUCAGAAGAAGAUGUUGAAUAGAAUACUAUAGAUUCACAUUGAACUUUUAAAUAAAAUUUGGCAUUAGUAGAAUGUGUACACUCUCAUUUCGUAUAUUAUAKUUGCCACCAUAACUUGACUUUUUGGUAAUUACAAUAACAUUACGUAAUUUAUAAGAUAGUAACAAAAAUACAUAUUCAUUUUAUAUUACAAUAAGUUGCAAUUAUAAAUACAAGUUUAUAUUCACAUGUACAAAACAUUUUUAUUUCACACGUUUUUAAUUGACUAAUAUAGUUCUAGUCAUUAAAUGAUUUAUCUUUCUUUAUUAAUUAUGUAGAGUUAUAAUAAACCUACUUGUGUUUCAUAAAAUUCGAAGUUUUAGGAAACUAUCUAUGACCUAUAUUUUGAUUCAAAAUACAUAUAUAUUUAACUAACAAUUUUUAGUAAUUGUAAUUAAAUUGUGCUAAGUUAGAUAAUUAUCGUUAUCUAACUCAUCUAUAUGCAAUAAUACCAUAUAUCUAAUACAUAAGGUUUGUUGCAAUAACCAAAAUUAAUAAUCAAUUGUAUUAUUGUUAUUGUCGAUAUUUAUUUCAAAAUUUGCUUGUAUCUAUGUAAAGAUAUCCUCUACUAGAUCUCUGUAUUAGAAGAAUUUCUGUAACAAACAGAACGUUAAGACGGUUGCAUAUAAUAUUAUCUUCUAUAGUAGGCACUAGCACAUAUAAAUGACUACAGUUAUUUUUUGUAUAAACAAAAAAACAUAUUCUAUAUAUUCUUAUAAAAAUACAUUGCGCGCACUAUGUAAGCAAUGAAAAUGUUAUACAGUUUCUAUUGAUAAGACUACAGAGUGGUUAUAUUCUAUAUUGCAUGAGCACAAAUUAAAUGUUGUUAAUAAAAAAAUAUUAUCUAAGUUACUACUCAUCGUGAUCUUAAAAAAUCCAUUAUUUAAAUAAUGUGAAAUACAAAAUUGUUAAGUAUUGAG